GGGUGUGGUGAAGGGCAUCCUGGGAGACCAAGGUCAACAUGGCAAAAUGAGCAUGGACUCUUGAGCCAUGCUGAGGACGGGGUGUUAGCUCCCAGAAACUGCUAUUGCCCAGGCAGGUGCCCAGGGAGAAGCUGGGCAGGAACAGAGCCAGACAAGUUCCGGAGGGGCAUGGCUUUCAUUUCCCGUCCCCAGCAAACCUCCCCGGAAGCAGGCUUGAGUGGAGAGCGGAGGACGACACUGGGCGGCGCAGGCAUGCCGCUGGAGCUGUUUCUGGACCUGUACUCGCCCCCCUGCCGUGCCAUUUACAUUUUCGCCAGGAAGAAUGGCAUUCCCUUUGAGUUUCGGCCAGUAGAGCUAGGACGGGGGGAGCACCUGAAGCCUGAAUUCUUGAAGGUGAACCCCCUGGGGAAGGUACCUGCCCUGAGGGAUGGGGACUUCCUGUUGGCCGAGAGUGUGGCCAUCCUUUUAUACUUGACACGCAAGUACCAGACGGCGCCGAACUGGUAUCCACCUGAACUGAAGGCCCGCGCCUGCGUCGACGAGUACCUGGCGUGGCAGCACGCCGCCAUCCAGCUGCCUGCCACCAACGUCUACCUGUGUAAGUCCCUCCUGCCCCACUUCUCGGGGCAGCCCGUGGACACCAUGCGGCUAGACCGGCUGUUGGGGAGGCUGAAACCGGCCCUGCAGCACCUGGAUCAGGAGGUCCUGGCAGCCAAGCCCUUCCUGGCCACUGAGCAGGUCUCCCUGGCCGAUCUGAUGGCAUUCACGGAGCUGAUGCAGCCCACUGCUGUUGGCUGCGACCUCUUCCGAGACUGGCCCCGGCUGGCAGCCUGGCGAGCCCGAGUAGAGGCUGCCCUGGGCCCUGAGCUCGUCCAGGAAGCCCACAAGCUUGUUCUACAGCCUCGGGACCCCAGAGACGCCCAGCGGGACCCCCAGCUGGCACAAGAGCUGGUGCAUCGGCUGCUGGAGCGGCUCAGCUGAGAGGGGAACGGGCUUCCCUCCACACACACACACACACACACACACACACACACACUAAACAUGCUGUGUGCCCUAUACCUGUCUCCAGCUUCCUCUGCCUUACCAAGUGGGGUCUCCCUGCUUCUGAGCAGAAUCUGGAGGGACAAGAGAUCUCCUGAGAUGAUGCAGCCUAGAGGAAGUAGCACUCAGGGUUCUCGCGGGCCUCCAGUUACCUUCCUGAGUUGCCAGCUCUGAAUUCCACUGGCCACUGCCCGUCCCAAGCCAGACCGGAAGUUUCUGGGAUUCUCUCCAUGGCACAGCUUGGCUGGCCCACCCUAGAUACUCCUGUGGCAUUGUCCCCAGGGCCCCGACUACUCCCUAGACUCCUGUCUCUCUGUCUCUCAACACUUUUCUAGCCAUAGUUCAGGCUAGACUGACCUCUGCAUACCCCCAGCGCCUGCUUCUGAAGCCCUCCAUGGUUACGUCCCAUUGCCCCACCAUCAUUCUGGACCCAGCAGAGCCCCUUGGGUUAUACUCUGCAAUAAAGUUCUAGUGCUGAGAA